UAUCGCCAAAAAUGUUUAAACAUGGAAAAUGUUUUCUUUAUAAAUCACCCGAAAAGUUUAAAAGGAAAAACGUCAGAGCGACUUAAAAAGUGACCGAAGUUAAAGUGAAACGGUUUUCGGGCAGAGAGGAGACGACACGCAGCAAAGGGCUGCCGGUCGGAGUCAAACCUGCGGCUGCUACUUACCACGUAACUUCUGUCGACUCCGUGCGUCCAAACGUCGCCGCUGAUUGGAACACACCGCGACCUCGCCCCACCGUCAGCAUUUUAAUGGAUAAACAGCAGCUGUUGUUUGGGGGUCGAGCGGGCGGAGCCUCUGAACGUCAGUCACACUCCGGCGGCUCUCACGCUGCCCCCACGGGAGCGGAGCGUCAUCACAACGGAAAAAAUCGAUUCCAGGAUUUAUGAACCGAGAUUGAAUUGGUAAAAAACAUAUUGUGAUGCAUUAAUGAUUCGAUGUUUUUACCCAGCCCUCGUAUGAGCCCGAAUACCUCCGAUGUCCCUGCGGCGUCCCCGUGUUGGUGACGGUCCUCUGUGUAUGUGUAUAUGUGUGUGUGUGUGUGUGUGCAGCCUGCGCUCGGCGUACCCGAACAGCGAGCACUGCAGGAACUGCGGCUUCGUGUGGUCUCCUGCGGUCGGCGUGGAGGAGCUGCAUCAGGGUCUGGGGGUCAGCGUGAAGGUCACCAUCAUCAGCGAGCACUUCAGAGAGCCGCUCACCUUCACCUGCGAUGGUUCGUCCACGGUGGACCUGCUGAUCUACCAGACUCUGUGCUACGCUCAGGACGACCUGGACCACCUGGACGUGGACGAGUACCUGCUGAAGGUGGUUGGACACGACGAGUUCCUCAACAA